UUACCAUUCUUCUGUCAUUAUCCACAGGUCAUAAUGUUUACAUAAGCCGUGCCGCUGUCGCCACUGGGCUGCAGAAGAUCCUGGAAACUGGGCUCUCUCAGGUCUGCAAACAGUGAAGCCAAUGGCCUGGUCGCUGCAGAGUCACAUGGUGUCAAAGUGACUCACCUGUGUGGAGCCGCCCGGGGCCCGCAGUUGCGCCACUUUCAGGUGGAGCAGAAAGGCGCAGGUACUGUACAUGUGCGGGACCUCGGAAGCCAUGAAUCGGGAAGAUCAUUACUACCCUUCCCAGGUUUUUAAAGACUCCUGUGCCUACCAGAGAUCUCAGGCGGAGGACUACAGCCACAGCCCGCCGCCGUGCCUCUACAUGAGCCGGCACUCCGUCUACACUCCGCCGGCCAUGGGAGCCUUGGAGACGGCCAGCCUUCCUGACAUCUCGGCCUCUUACAGUCUCCCCAUGCGGGAGGACCCAGGUUUGACUCAGCUGCACCACCAACACCCGGGGCUCCAGCAGCAGCCUCUCCAGCCGGCUGCAGGCUAUGGAGACACGGGGGACCAGACCAGAUAUCACCUGCCUUUCCCCUGGAUGAAAAGCACCAAGUCUCACUCGCACACCUGGAAGGGGCAGUGGGCAGGACCAUACGUGAUGGCGGAAUCAGAGGAAAACAAACGCACAAGGACUGCCUAUACGCGCGCCCAGCUGCUGGAGCUCGAGAAGGAGUUCCUGUUCAACAGGUACAUCUCGAGGCCGCGGCGCGUGGAGCUGGCGCUGAACCUCAGCCUCACGGAGAGACACAUCAAGAUCUGGUUCCAGAACCGGCGCAUGAAGUGGAAGAAAGAGGAGGACCGCAGGAGGGGGAGGGGGACCGACCCGGACCAGGACUCCUCCAUCACCUCCGGGGACCAGGGGGACACCGCGGGGGGGCUCACCACCUCCACCGGGGGGCUCACCUCCACCACCGGACCUCCCCCCACCUCCCCUCCUGUUUCCCCGCUGCACGGUCACUCCAUCCCCGCAGCUGGAGCCAGAGAGACUGCAUAG